CGAAUGUUUCGUCUUUCAGACCAAGAACAGCAACAACGAGAGAGAGGAACGAACAGAGAGAGACAGACUCAGAGAUACAGAGAGAGAGGAGAGAGAGAGAUUUUCUCAGAGAGAGAUUGGCCUUCGAGCUCUCAAUUUCUUGCACUUUGUCGAUCUGUCUUCGUCAAGUCUCUUUCAUUUCGCACGCUUCUUCGCUUCGUCAAGCUAAGAUUUUCUCGCCGAUCUAUUCAUUCACCUCGUCAAUUUUCUCGUUGGAGCGCUGAUUGAGGAGAGGAAGACCCAGUUGAAGCGAAUUGCAGCAUGAGCAUCCAUAGCCCCGGAGAAGGGGACAGUUAGGGCUUUGGGAUUGGGCGCAGACGGUUGGGAUUUCCAUGGGCGAUGGAGGCGUCGCAUGCAUGCCUUUGCAGCAUAAUAUCAUGGACAGGUUUCCAAUUCAGGAGAAGACUACUGUUUGCGGAGGCAAGAACGGUAACAAUGGAUUCAAUUCCAAGACGGUUAAGAAGAAGAAGAUAGUGAAGGUAAUGAAGCCCAAGAAGAAAGUUGUCAAGAACCCUGUGUCUUCAAAGAACCUGGAGUCCGAAAAAAAUGAACUGGGAUUGGAUAAAGGUGCUAGCAGUGCUACUAAGGAAGCUGAGAAUGGUGAAAUUGCUGAGGAGAAGGAGGAAGUGGAAGAGGGUGAAUUGGGGACUUUGAAGUGGCCCAAAGUUGAAGAAGAGAAUGGUGAAUUUGUGCCAGAGAAGUCGAGAAGAAGUGAGAUUGAGAAGGGAGAGAUUGUUGGUGAGAAGUACAGGAGAAGUGAGGUGGAGAAAGCAGAGUCCUUUUCAGGGAAAUGGCGGAGAGGGGACGUAGAGAAAGGAGAGGUUGUUCCAGAGAGGAGCAGAAAAGUCGAAGCUGAAUUCGGGUCCUGGAGACCUCCCAAGGAUGAUAUUGAGAAAGGUGAGUUCAUUCCAGAUAGAUGGCAGAAAGGGGAAGGGGCCAAAGAUGAUUACACUCCCAGUAAAUUCCGCAGGUAUGAUAAUGGUAAGGACAGGAGCUGGAAAUUUGAUCGUGAGCGUACGCCACCUUCGGGGAAGUAUUCAAAUGAUGACCCCUUUAGAAGGAAAGACUUUAAUAGAAGUGGAAGCCAGCAGAUCAAGAGUAUUGCCAGGUGGGAGAGUGGCCCUGACAGGAAUACGAGGAUCAGUUCCAAAAUUGUUGAUGAGGACAGUGCGUACAGAAAUGAGUACAGCAAUGGUAAGUGCCACCCCAGAGAGUACCCUUCUAUUAAUCGGUUAAAAAGGUUUGGUGCUGAUACAAGUAUCGGUGAGCGAAAGAACUAUGGAGACUAUGGGGAUUAUCCAGGUGCAAAAUUUCGUAGGGUUUCUGAUGACACCAAUCGCUCUGCCCACCCUGAGCAUUAUUCACGCAGUUCUGUGGAGAGGUCUUAUCGGAAUCCUUCAUCAUCAAGAGUUGCAGCAGACAAGUACUCCUCCAGGCCAUAUGAAUCUACUUUGUCUUCCAGAGUAGUUUAUGACAGGCAUGGGAGAAGUCCAGGACUUCCAGGUCAUUCUGAGCGAUCCCCACAUGAUCGGGCCCGUUAUUUUGAUCACCGGGACAGAAGCCCAUUGCGCCGUGAAAGAUCUCCAUAUGUCCAUGAGAGGUUUCCAUAUGGUCGGGAGAAAUCACCGUAUGGCCGUGAGAAAUCACCGCAUGGCCGUGAGAAAUCACCGCAUGGCCGUGAGAAAUCACCGCAUGGCCGUGAGAGAUCACCAUAUGGUCGUGAGAAAUCACCACAUGGCCGUGAGAAAUCACCACAUGGCCGUGAGAGAUCACCAUAUGGCCGCGAGAAAUCACCAUUCAGGCGCGAGAGAUCACCAUAUGGACGAGAGAGAUCUCCUCAUGGUCGCGAGAGAUCUCCAUAUGGUCAGGAGAGAUCUCCAUAUGACAGGAGCCAUCAAUAUGAUCACAGGAACCGGAGUCUGUCUCCACAUGAUCGACCUCGAUACCAUGACCGCAGGAAUCGCACUCCAAAUUAUUUGGAACGGUCCCCUCAUGAUCGGAGUAGACCUAAUAAUCAUCGAGACACAAGUCGAAAAAGUGGAGCAAGUGAAAGGCGCAACUCCCAUCACGGUAAUAGGGGGCAAGAAGAUAAACCGGUGCAGAAGGAUCCCUGUGGAAAAGACUCACAUUCGACUGCUAAAGAAUCUCUAGAUAGAAGCACUGUGCCUGAUAUUAAUGUAUCUGUGGAGACAAAUUCCAACUGUGAGUCUCACAAAGAAGAACCGUCUCAAAUUCCAAGUGUAAAUUGCACCGAAAAUUCUCAUAUCAGUGUAGCCCCUCCUGAAGAGCUGCUUUCGAUGGAAGAAGAUAUGGAUAUAUGUGAUACACCACCACAUGUCCCAGUAAUUGCUGAUUCAUCCACCGGAAAAUGGUUUUACCUCGAUUAUUAUGGUGUGGAACGUGGACCUUCAAAAUUGUGUGAGCUUAAAGUACUUGUUGAAGAAGGGGCUCUUGUGUCUGACCACAUGGUCAAGCACUCGGAUAGUGAUAGGUGGGUAACUGUUGAAAAUGCAGUUUCACCACUGGUGACCAUACAUUUCCCAUCCAUUGUAUCAGACUCUAUAACUCGGCUAGUAAGCCCUCCAGAAGCUCCUGGUAAUCUAUUGGCAGAUACCGGGGAUACUUCGCAAUAUGAUGCUCAGAGUGGGAAGGACGCGGCAAUCACUUUGCUGCCGCCAGGAUUUGGCGCAGAUGUUGGUGGAGCUGCUUCUGAGCCUUUAGAAGAUCUCCAUAUUGAAGAAAGGGUUGGAGCUCUGAUGGAGGGUUUUGCGGUUAUUCCUGGCAGGGAGCUUGAAGCUGUGGGAGAAGUUCUGCAAAUGUCAUUUGAAAAUGCACAACGAGAUGGAUGGGAAAACACUGCAGGUUUCAGUCAAGGCCACGAUGCUGAACAGUAUGAUCAGAAAACCAAGGAACCCAGCUAUUCUGACAUUAAAAUAAAGGAAGCUGCAGAAAUCAGGCUGACUGCACCUUCUGACAAGGAUGCUGGUUUUGCUUGUGGUGAUUCUGAUGACUGGUUUUCUGAUCGGUGGUCAUGCAAGGGUGGUGAUUGGAAGAGGAAUGAAGAAGCUUCACAGGAGAGGUCUUCUAGGAAGAAAUUUGUUGUCAAUGAUGGUUUUCCAUUAUGCCAGAUGCCAAAGUCUGGUUAUGAAGACCCUCGAUGGCAUAGAAAAGAUGAAUUGUAUUAUCCUUCGCAAAGCAGAAGACUUGAUCUACCUACUUGGGGUUUUUCAUGUCCAGGUGAGAUAAAUGAUUGUAGUGGCGUGAGCAGAACAACUCAAAUUAAGCCUGCUGUCAUAAAAGGAACUAUGCUUCCGGUAGUAAGGAUAAAUGCAUGUGUGGUUAAAGACCAUGGUUCAUUUGUUUCUGAGCCUCGCAUAAAAGCCCGUGGUAUGGAGAGGUACACGUCAAGGUCUUCUCGGUCAUAUUCUUCAGGUAGUGAUGGGAAGAGAUCAUCGGGAGAAGGUGACACCCAGUUGAAACCAGUUGGUGAACAACGCUCACAGGGCUCUUCAAAAAGCAUUACGUCUAUUAACACCAACAAAGACCGUAUUUGCACAGUCGAUGAAUUGAAAUUGCACUUGGGUGACUGGUACUACCUGGAUGGUGCUGGGCACGAACAAGGACCUUCAUCAUUUUCUGAGCUACAGGUCUUGGUUGAUCAAGGAGUGAUCUUAAAACAUAGCAGUGUUUUCCGGAAAUGUGAUAAAGUCUGGGUUCCAGUGACAUCUGCUGCAGAGACUUCUGAAGCUACGAAUAUGAAUCAGCAGGAGAAGAACGCAAGAUCUAGUGAUACUUCAGGACUUCCUCCUUCACAAUCUAAAAAUGCUUUAUUUGAAGAAUCGAGCUCAAAGUCGAGUUGGUUGCACAACCUGCAUCCUCAAUUCAUUGGUUAUACAUGCGGAAAGCUUCAUGAACUGGUGAUGAAAUCUUACAAAAGCAGGGAGUUUGCUGCGGCCAUAAAUGAUGUUCUAGAUCCAUGGAUUAAUGCAAAGCAGCCAAAGAAAGAGGUGGAGAAGCAUAUGUACUGGAAAACAGAUGGUGAUGCACGUAUUGCCAAAAGAGCCCGGUUGCUGAUUGAUGAAAGUGAAGAAGACUAUGACAUGGGAGAUGAUUUGCUAACAGUUGAAAAGGAUGAGUCUACAUUUGAGGAUCUAUCUGGUGAUGCUUCUUUCUACAGAGAAAAUAGUGGGAGUUAUGGCUCAGAGAUGAGAAGUUGGGGUUUAUUAGACGGGCAAGUGCUGGCACGAGUCUUUCAUUUUCUGAGAUUAGACAUGAAAUCCCUUUCCUUUGCUGCUUUGACCUGUAAGCACUGGGGAGCUGCUGUCAGGUUUUACAAGGAUAUUUCAAGACAGGUUGAUUUUUCAUCCUUGGGUCCUAACUGCACUGAUUCAGUGAUUAUGAACAUUAUGAGUGGUUACGGUAAAGAAAAGAUUAACUCUAUGGUUCUGAUUGGUUGCACCAACAUCACCCCCCACACUCUUGAAGAGAUCCUUAGUUCACUUCCUUGUUUAUCUACCAUAGAUAUCAGAGGCUGCAACCAGUUUGGCGAGUUGGUCAUCAAGUUUCAGAAUCUGAACUGGAUUAAGAGCCGAAGUUCAUCUGGUACGAAGAUAUUUGAGGAAUCCUACUCGAAAAUUAGGAGUCUAAAACAGAUCAGUGAGAAAUCUUCAUCUGUUUCUAGAAGUAAGGUUCUAGGCAAUGAUAUGGAUGAUUUUAGUGAACUGAAAGUGUACUUUGAUAGUGUGGAUAAGAGAGAAACUGCAAAUCUAUCAUUCCGGGGAAGUUUGUACAAACGUUCAAAACUAUUUGAUGCUAGACGGUCUUCAUCCAUUCUAUCUAGGGAUGCUCGCAUGAGGCGGUUGUCCAUUAAGAAAUCUGAACACGGUUACAAGAAGAUUGAGGAAUUUGUUGCUUCAAGUCUGAAGGAUAUCAUGAAAGAGAAUCCCUAUGAUUUCUUUGUGCCCAAGGUUGCUGAAAUUCAGGAUAAAAUGAGAAAUGGUCAUUACAUACGCCGAGGAUUGAGUUCUGUCAAGGAGGAUAUCAGUCGAAUGUGCAGGGAUGCAAUAAAAGCAAAGAAUCGGGGGGAUGCUGGAGACAUGAAUCACAUUAUAACAUUGUUUAUUCAACUUGCUACACGUUUAGAAUUGGCUACUAAGUCUUCUAAUGAAAGAGAUGAGCUGAUUAAGUCAUGGGAGGAUGAUACAUUUGCAGGGUUCUCUUCAUCCUCGAAGUGUAGAAAGAAGCUCAAUAAAGUAGCACCUGAAAGGAAGUACUCGAAUAGGAGUAAUGGCACUGUGAAUGGUAGUUUGGAUUAUGGAGAGUGUGCAUCUGAUCGAGAAAUCAGAAGGCGUUUAUCCAGAUUGAAUAAAAAAUCUAUGGAUUCAGAAAGUGAAACCUCUGAUGAUAUGGACAAGUCUUCUGAAUAUAGCAAGAGCAAUAGUGAUAGUACUUCUUCAGAUACAGAAAGUGACUCCGAAGUGAGGUCACAAAGUCAAACUGGGCAGUCAAGAGCAGAUGGAAGCUAUACACCUGAUGAGGGUUUUGAUUCUAUGACUGAUGAUCGGGAGUGGGGUGCUCGCAUGACAAAAUCAAGCUUGGUUCCUCCUGUUACGAGGAAAUAUGAAGUUAUUGAGGAAUAUGUUAUUGUAUCCAAUGAGGAGGAUGUGAAACGGAAAAUGCAGGUAUCUUUACCAGAUGAUUAUGUUGAGAAACUUAAUUCUCAGAAGAAUGGAACCGAGGAGUCGGAUAUGGAGCUUCCUGAAGUAAAGGAUUACAAGCCAAGGAAAAUGCUUGGAGAUGAAGUUAUAGAGCAAGAAGUUUAUGGAAUUGAUCCCUAUAGCCACAAUCUUUUACUUGACUCCAUGCCAGAGGAGUUCGACUGGCCUCUUGCGGAGAAGCAUAUGUUUAUUGAAGAUGUGCUCCUUCGCACAUUGAAUAAGCAAGUCAGGCAGUACACUGGGAGUGGAAAUACUCCCAUGAUGUUUCCCUUGCAUCCUGUUGUUGAAGAAAUCCUAAACGGUGCUGAGGAGGAUGGUGAUGUGCGAACUGUUAGGAUGUGUCAGGCUCUUUUGAAGGCCAUAGAGAGCCGACGUGAUGAUAAGUAUGUGGCUUAUAGAAAGGGGCUUGGUGUCGUUUGCAACAAAGAAGGUGGCUUUGGAGAAGAAGAUUUUGUUGUGGAAUUUUUGGGGGAGGUUUAUCCUGUUUGGAAAUGGUUCGAGAAGCAAGACGGGAUUCGAUCUUUGCAGAAGAAUAAUAAAGAUCCAGCUCCAGAGUUUUACAACAUUUAUCUUGAAAGGCCCAAGGGUGAUGCCGAUGGGUAUGAUUUAGUCGUUGUGGAUGCCAUGCAUAAGGCAAACUAUGCAAGUAGAAUUUGUCACUCAUGCCGACCUAAUUGCGAAGCAAAAGUUACUGCUGUAGAUGGUCGUUACCAAAUUGGAAUCUACACUGUACGAAAAAUUCAAUAUGGUGAGGAGGUGACAUUUGAUUACAAUUCCGUUACAGAGAGUAAGGAAGAAUACGAAGCAUCAGUUUGUUUGUGUGGCAGCCAAGUUUGCCGGGGAAGCUACUUAAAUUUGACGGGCGAAGGUGCUUUUCAAAAGGUGUUGAAAGAGUGGCAUGGAACUCUUGAUCGUCAUCAGUUAAUGCUGGAGGCUUGUGAGUUAAAUUCAGUAUCUGAGGAGGACUAUCUUGAAUUGGGAAGGGCUGGUUUAGGCAGUUGCUUGCUGGGUGGGUUGCCAGAUUGGGUGAUUGCAUAUUCAGCUCGCUUGGUGAGCUUUAUAAAUUUUGAAAGAACAAAGCUUCCUGAGGAGAUUUUAAAGCACAAUUUGGAAGAAAAGAGGAAGUACUUUUCAGAUAUUUUCCUUGAGGUUGAGAAAAGUGAUGCUGAGGUUCAGGCUGAGGGUGUGUACAACCAAAGGCUUCAGAAUUUGGCUGUAACUCUUGACAAGGUGAGGUAUGUUAUGAAAUGCGCUUUUGGCAACCCCAAGGAUGCUCCACCUCCGCUGGAAAGGUUAAGUCCUGAAGAGGCUGUUUCCUUUCUAUGGAAGGGAGAAGGAUCACUUGUACAUGAGCUUCUUCAGAGCAUGGCUCCUCAUGUGGAGGAAAACUUGCUAAAUGAUCUACGGACGAAGAUCCUUGCGCGUGAUCCAUCAGGUUCGGAUGACAUAUGGAAAGAACUUAAGAGAUCUUUAUUAUGGUUGAGAGAUGAAGUCCGGAAUCUUCCUUGUACAUACAAGUCUAGAAACGAUGCUGCUGCUGACUUGAUCCAUAUUUAUGCUUACACACGGUGUUUUAUUAGAAUACGGGAAUACAAAACUGUAACUUCGCCACCAGUAUUCAUUAGUCCACUUGACCUAGGCCCCAAGUACACCGAGACGCUGGGAUCAGGUUUUCAGGAGUAUUGCAAGACGUAUGGGGAGAAUUAUUGUUUAGGGCAGCUGAUUUUUUGGUAUAGCCAGGCUAGUGCAGAGCCAGAUUGUAGCCUGGCAAGAGCAAGUAGGGGUUGCUUGUCGUUACCAGACUUCAGUUCUUUCUAUGCCAAGGUUCAGAAACCUUCACGGCAGCGUGUUUAUGGCCCAAGAACAGUGAAGUUUAUGCUAGCGAGGAUGGAGAAGCAGCCGCAGAGACCUUGGCCCAAGGAUCGAAUAUGGUCGUUCAGUAACUCUCGAAAAGUUAUCGCCAGUCCUAUGCUAGACGCUGUUGUGAAUAAAUCUCAUUUGGACAGGGAGAUGGUGCAUUGGUUAAAGCACAGACCCGCGAUGUUUCAGGCUAUGUGGGAUCGAUGAAGUUUUGUAAGUGUCGGGAACUGGCAGCGGGAUUACUGAACCUAACCCUCUCUUUUUUUUUGUUUUUCAGUUGUUUCGGAAUGAUUUCGCGAUUUUAAAUUUACGGCUGCCCCGUUCAAUGUGGGGAGUUGGUAAUCAUUCCAAAACAGCGUUUCGUCGUGCUGCUUCCCCCAUUCUUGUGUACAGGUUUUUCAUCUUUGUAAUUUGUAAUCCAUUAUGUAGCAGUAGAACAUUUGUUGUCGUCCACUUGUAAUUUUAGAGAGAAAUGAAAGUAGAGAAGAAGCCAAAUGCAUAAGCUCA